CUCCAGUUAUUACUCGCCAAAUUCGUAAGACCUGGUCUUAGGUUCCACUCGUAUCGCGUGACUAGCAUGUGCUUUCAAUCUGUUCACUUAGGCGAUAAAGAAGUGGUACCACUCCCCAUCUGCACAAAAACUGCCCUAUCCGUUUAUGGAGGUUUAAUUUCAAAGGUAUCUAGCAGGACAUCAGGAGUUUUUCUAUGUCGACUCUCCUUGCUUUAAGUUGAUUAGCAUGACGUACCAAAACUUUCGAGCCGAUUGACUCUUCAUAAACAACAUUUCAUUUCCUUUGUAUGAUUAAACCAGCUAUCGAUGUAGGAUGUUUGUCACGGCAGUCCAUAGCAAAUAUUUUUUGACCCACAGUAAAUAAUAGUCUUUAUCUUCAUGAUUUCGAUUGAAUUACUUCCCCAUCGAUCUGUUUCGUUGAAGUUGAAGGAAUGGCACCGGACAGAUGGGAUCGAAAUGGUUAUGUACUUUUCUGAUUAGUAAAGUUCUUGCUGGAGAGACCCCGUCAUUUUUCUGAGGAUUCGGUUUAUAGCAGUAGAUGAGCAUGAACCUUCCUAAAAUCUCUUCGAUGACCGCCCUCCCUUUGAUUUCUGUAGAGUUUUUUAAAUGUAAUAAAGCGUUCGACUUGGCUCCCAGGAUGUAAUGUAGGUGUUUGAACGUAAUUUAUUCCGUUCUGCCAACAGAAUUCUAGGAAGAUAGCGGACGUAAACUUUUUCAAUGUCGCUAACUAUUAACCCUGAAACCCUGAAAGGGUUAAAUAGGUGACUUAGUUUCUUGAUUGUGCAACCUGAAGUUAGAUGUUCCAUGAGAAAAAUUUCUGGCCGCUUCCUGUACGCAUCAACUACCAGAAGGUCAGUUUGUCAAUGGGGUGGACCAACGAAGACCAAGUAUAUACGCUGUCACUGUGACAGGUGUUUGUCAUGAUUGCGGCUCCGCCUUCCGCGGUGCUUUCUUUGCUAAUGCACAUUUGGUAAACGAGUUGGAUAGUUCCUCAAGUUUGGGUGUCAAAGUGUGGAAGUAUGCAUAACUUCAUACUAGCGCUUCCACGCGAUUUAUUCCAGGAUGUCCUGCAUGCAAUUGUUCAAACACUGCUGAUUGAAGCUUCUUUGGGACUAUGACACGUUCGGCAAACAGAAAGCAGUCAUCAAUGAUUGAAAGCGAUAGUCUACACUGGAAAAACUGCUGAUUCUCUGUGGAUCUGAUCUUUGAGAGCUACUCUUCUAGGUGGAACUUUCUAACUUCAUAUAGGAUUGAGUCUAGAAGAGUUCUUUUACUUCAUCAGGUGACACUGGUAAAUGUGCUUUCACAAUGGUGUGGUGACCAAGGUUAACCUUAAAAACAGGGGGAAAAUUUUCCAUCCCACUUGCCAUUAGUACAGAUAUCGGGGUGUCCAAUGAUGAAUACAACACAUUACAGACAUUAUUGAUAGGUUUAGCCAAUAUUCCAGGCUUCUCUAACAUAUUUUUACUAAGAUGAAUGUUCUGUCGUUCUAUUAGAUAACAUAUUCCCUUAUUGUUAAUUUUAUUAAAGAAAAAUUCUCACUGUAAUUCGUCAACAGGUUUUAAAGCAGAGGAUCCUCACUCACGUUCUUCUCCAUGCUCCCCUAGUACACAAAUUAACUUCUGACUAGACAUGAAAUGCUACAACAUAUGUGCUUCUUAAAUAGCCAGAAUCGCACAUAAUCCCAAUCACUACAUAAUCAACAAACAAUCGUUGAUUUGUUAUGGAUUGUUUCUAAUGUUCUUGGCUCUUGGUUUGAACCUAGUGAUAUCGUUGAUACUACUGCAGGUGAAAUUCAUAUUUACCUGUUUGACUAAUUUAUUGUCAUGUCUGACGUUUCCCAGCCUUGUACAUCCAUCUCUUAGAGUCUUGAGUGUGCCGUUUGGAUUUUAAUUUAGUCGAGUCAAGAAACUAGUCCUAAUCUCGACAUCUUAAGAGCUUUGAUGAAUAAUAGGCACUUAAAUUGAUCCGCCAUUAAUGAGUUUAAUUCGAACUGUUCACACUCAUUGCUGAAAUCUUCUUGAGCACCAUAAUCGUCGGCCUCACGCUUCACCAAAUUUAGACACUGAUCUCGAAUACUAAACAAUAAGGAUGGCUCAUCAAAUACCUUUAAAAGUUGGGUUACCCUUUCUUCGAAACUGAAACCCCGAGGUAAUUUUGGCAAUAUGUAGUCAACUUCAUAUGUAUGUUCAUUGCUUUCCAACUUGCACGUCAACAGUCGGGCGUUUCACGCGUCAUAUUGUUUGCAGAGCUGUAUUCUAAAUGUAUCUUCCCAACUCUUGAAUCACGUGGUGUAGGUACUUCAGCUCUUAGGGUUAUAACAGAAUUCUAAGAAUGCCGCUGGCAAAUGCAUCAUAAGCUGUGGUUGACAUAGCAUGUGAGCCUAAGCACUAAAUGUUAGGCUGUUGUAUAAGUUCUUAAAAGAAGCAAUCUUCAGUCUUUAUCUUCGUAAUUUAUAUUUCCAGUUUCUUAUGCUUGAUUACUUCUAGUUAUCAGUAUCAUUAAUUUUAUCUCAUUAUUUGCUAUUCUAGUGACUUAAUGUCGAUAGUCCAGUGUAAAGUUUUGCAAAUUAUACCACAGUGCAACUACUUUGUAUCUGUUCAUCUUGUUUUCCCAAUGUUUUUCAGUUUUUUCUCAUUUGAUCGAUACGUGCUUUUAAAUUGCAUAAUGAGACAAAUCCAUUUACAUUGUGAUGCUUCAUGUUUUUCUACUUAUCUAUCAAAGUUCGCUUUUACAAUAUCAACUAAGUAAUCGAUUUCUGUCGUGUUUGGUGAACUAACUGAUUCCCUGUACUACUAAUACUAUUGUUAAACUCUAAUUUUGUUGGAGAUAUAUGGUUUAACAUAAUAUAACUUUUCAUUUAAUUACAGGCUUAAUGCAAAAUAGCAGUACCUACUUCUCCUACUGAUAAAUGAAUUUGUUCUUACCAAGAGGUUCUUAUGUGUUUUCGGUAUCGACAGCCACCAAACUUCGAGCUGAAUGGCCAUAUAUCCAAAUAAAUAUUACACAUUCAUAUUCAUCAACUGAUAAGUCAUCUGAAUUUGAAGAAAAUACUCCGACUCGGAAACUCUCACCUGAAUUCCAGAAAGCUAUUUCCCAUGGUCCAAGUCUUUCUGAAUUUACCAAGCUAGGCAAUAACAAUCAGUCAAUUAAAGAUUUCUUCAGUUCCCCGAGUUCAGUUACUAAAUCAGAAAAACGCCUCCGUCUUCCAGAAUGGUUAAAGACUGAGAUACCAUGUGGUGGUAAUGUAGCGCGUUUGCAAAAGCAGCUGCGUUCCCUCAAUUUACAUACCGUUUGUGAAGAAGCUCGAUGUCCUAAUAUUAGUGAAUGUUGGACUGGGGGAAAGUCUACAGCCGCCACAGCUACAAUUAUGAUAAUGGGUGAUACUUGUACUAGAGGUUGUCGGUUUUGUUCUGUUAAAACUUCAUCAAAUCCACCACCUCUUGAUCCAGACGAACCAGUAAAUACUGCAGAAGCCAUAAGCAAAUGGGAUGUAGACUAUAUUGUCAUAACAUCAGUUGAUCGUGAUGACUUGGGAGAUGGAGGGGCUCGACACAUAUCUAAAACAAUUCGCCAAAUAAAAGCACGUAAACCAUCAAUUAUAGUUGAGUGCUUAGUACCAGACUUUCAAGGGUGUACAGACUCUAUUCAUACAGUUGUUCGUGCUAGUCCCGAAGUAUAUGCGCAUAAUAUUGAAACUGUGGAGUCACUACAACGUGUUGUGAGGGAUCAUCGAGCUGGUUAUACUCAGUCACUUCGAAACCUAGAGACUGCAAAAGAACGUAGUAACAGGCUUGUAUCAUCCGGAAAUUCCGAUUUUCUAGUCGUCACAAAAUCCAGUAUUAUGUUGGGUCUUGGCGAGACAGAAAAAGAAGUAAUGAUAGCUCUUAAAGACUUACGUCAGGCUGGAGUCGACUGUGUAACAAUUGGGCAAUAUGUACAACCAACUAAGCGUCAUCUAAAAGUUAAAGAAUAUAUUCAUCCAGAUAAAUUUGAUUAUUGGGCGAAAAUUGGCAAAGAUUUGGGUUUUUUAUAUACAGCUAGUGGACCAUUAGUUCGAUCAUCAUAUCGAGCAGGUGAAUAUUAUAUAAAACACAUUAUAGAUCAACGUAAACAAAAAAACGUAUGAUACGAGAUUGAACAACUGAGCACACAAAUACAGUUAUUAUUAAAAGAGGAUGUAUAGAAGUGUAUAUUAGUGAAUCAGGCUGACUUUUUAAUCAAAUUACUUUUUUCAAACGUUCAUUUUACAAGACCCCUUUAGUAAUUUUAUGAAUGAUAAUUAUAUAUAUAUAUAUAUAUAUAUA